GGGUGUUUCUUCUGUCAACUACAUGUGACCGCACAUACUUGACGACAAAAAUUGUUUGAAAACAAAUGCAACAGGUUGAAAUGAGAAAAAACGUCAACGCAUCAUGAGCCAAACGUCAGACUCAGUGUUUGACAGUUGAAACGUCAAGCAGCUCUUCUAUCCGUCAGAGUUUUCAAUGACAAUUGGUUGGAUAUUUUUGUCUUUGUCAUUGAUAGAUAUUGUGAAAACGUAGCGAAUGAGUAAUUUUUAUUUUGUAGAAAAAAACCAAUCGAAUCAUCUCAAUUAACAGAUGAGUCGUUUAGUUUAAGUGUUUUGUACGCGAAUUGCGUUAAGUUCUUGCCAUGGACUUGGAUUGAGUGAAUUUAAACGCAACUGAUUCAACAAACAACAAUGGCAGAUAUAAGCACUGAAACGUCCGAUUUGCUGGGCUUACCCAGACCUGCACAAUUUAACUACGGUAACUUCAGCCACAAUGUGUCCCUGGAUAACUUGGUUAUGAAUGCCAAUCUGGCUUGGCUCGUCGGUUCGUUAGCAACAUCAAUUCUAUGGGUAGUCUAUAUAACAUUCUACAAUUCACGUGUUGUGGGAUACUUUCUGACGAAAAUCAUAAAUCGCAUGUUUAUGAAAGGAUGCUACUUUAAAAUUGGUUCACUGAACUUGAAUCCAUUGGCGGGAAAAAUUAUGUUUCGUGACGUCGUGUAUAUUUGUUUUGAUUAUUCUAUUCGUGUGCAAGAUGGAUAUUUUAUAUUUCGAUGGUGGCGUUCGUAUGUCCCAAAAGAUGUGUCGGAAGAUUUAUCACAUUCAGACACUCGACUUUCGGUGAUGCUGAAUGGAUUCGAGCUGCAUGUUUUCAAUCGAUCUGAAAUGUACUCGAAACUCGAAAAAAUAUUCGGAUUAAAGCCAUCAAUUUUGAUUCCGAAUGAAAAUAUGACAGCUGAAGAAGCCGCAAAAAUGCGUGAGGUCACCUUGAACUUGGAAAAUGAACGGAAAAAUAGUGUGUCAACGAAUAAAAAUAAAAAAGCCAAAUCAGAAGCAAUGGCAGCUAAAACGUGGCGCGAUUUAAUUCCAGUUAUCAAAAUUGACAUUUGUUCGGGGCGUUUUGUGUUUGGCAAUCGUUUGACGCCGACCACAUUGUCACUGUGUGUUGAAGAAGCGAAAUGCGUAUACAGCACCAAGCCAGCCGCUUCGCGCUUGGACCAUUUUAUGCACUUUUUAAAGGCAAAAAUUGAAAAUGCCAAAGUAUUAUUAGCACCAUCGCCAAAAUAUACUGGCUUGGUUGAUGAUCCACCCAGAUAUAUGGGCGAAGGAUAUGUUGUGAUGAUGUCUAAUUUAGUAGAAUUGUACUAUUAUAUUGAUGAACCGGGAAUCGUGGAAGAGGAGCCGGUUCUGUUAACAUUAGCGAAUGGUGAUGUGGUCGAAGCAUCGCCGCCCGUUUGGGGCCUAGACGUAAAAUGUGGAAAAGGAACCAAUUUCAGUUAUGGACCGUGGGCUGACCGACAGAGAGAUCAUCUCUUUAAAUUUUUCUUCCCGCCCGAUUGGCAAACGAUGCAAGUGACUACGCCGCCAAAGCCAGGCGAUCGACGUGAGUAUCAAUCGUUCGAUUUGAGUCUGAGCACUCUGAACGAAGCAACAAUCGAUGUAUUAUUCUCCAAGAACAAAGAAACGAAUGCAAUGCAUGUUACAAUCGGUCCUGGGUCGUACUUCGAAUUAACAUUGCCAUGGAUCAUCCUACAAGAUGGCUUCACAACGAAAGUAGCCGGUCAAUUGUUGCAUGUGGAGGCAACAACGAGUUUGCAAUACCGUAGUUUAGCCAAAUGUGAAUCGCUGGAAUUCAAGAUCCGAGUACAUUACCCCCUGAGAUUUAACGAUCAUCAAGAGUGGAUCAUCAAUUUGACUGGCUGUAAAGCGACAGCCUAUUUAUUAUUUGCACAUAAGCUCUUCUUCCAAGAUUUGAUUGAAGAUUGGGCCUCGAAAGCCCGACCUGACAUACUGGAAUUCGUUCCAUACACGUGGAAAUUCUGCGUUUUGCUAAAAGAAUUCGAAAUACUCAUGCUGUGCAACGAUUACAAUUGGAUCGAUUGCUCAAGCACCAACCAAGAAAAUAAUCAUUUGGCGUUCUGUGGCGAUUUAUUCGAUUUGAGUUUUAAUCUGCCGUUUGACGAUUUUCUACCGAAAACAAUUCCUAUUCGACUGUGGAUCCAUGGCGAAGAUUUAGAUCUCAGUUUGUAUUUGCCGGAAAUAUCGACAACAAGACCGGUGGUCUUGGGAAUAGAUGCAAAUAUGAAAUUCCUUACGCGCGAUGGCCAAGUCAAAAGAGUCAGCGAUAUUCCUAAGAAAAAAUGGCGAAAAGACUGCCUUCGAAGUGCCGGUUGGAUUGACUGUUGGAGUGUUAGCAUCGUUGCAAUAAAAAUCAAUUGGAUUUACCACUUGAUUCCGCCACUGGGGCCUGUUCCUCAAGCCGAUAUUACUACACCCGAAAAAGAGGAGAUCCUCUUAAGUCCGAUUCGAAUGCCCAAACUCAAAUCGCCAGCAUUAAAAUGGGUUCAAACCGACUCUGCACAAUUCGAUCCAAAUACACUGCCACCAGACAAAGUCAAUGUAGAAAUAGAGAUUGGAUCAUCGGUUCUUUUUGCCUAUGGUACCAUUCUGAGAAACUUCAUUAAUUUGAAGGAAAACAUAUUUGGUGAAGAUCAAGAAUUCACCGACAUGAGCGUGAGCGUAGUAAAUACAAAAUCAUCAGUGCUACCGAAUCUAGCACAAUCAAUUCUGAAAGUUCCACUAAACUCUUCGAAUAAGGAUGAUGCAUCGAAAUCCAUUUCGGAAGUGAGUGCUGUUGACGAAAAACCGAAACCGUUCGACCCACGGCUCUAUCGUCCACUUGAAGUCAUUGUUUCGUUUACGAUUCAUGACGUUCAAGCUCAUAUUGUUAAGAGUUGCAAUGAUAACGACCCACCGUGUCCGAUCAUUUUGAUUGAGCGUCUUGGCCUGGAGCUCAAAAAACGGUUCUACGAAACGGAAAUUCAAAUUCUGGUUAGCCCGUCAUUCUUGAUCUCGUCCGACACCGUUGUUCGGCCAAGUAAAGAGAAGCAUUUGAAACAGGGUCACUUGCUUUUAUCGGCGAUGCAGGUGCGUGGCCAUGCAAUGUUCAGUAUGGAAGGAAGGUCAUUGGACGAAGAAACUGUCGAAUACGGAUGGUUGCUAGAAAUUCAUCUGGGUAAAUUGUCAGGCAAAUUAACCAUACCGCAAUUGUAUCACAUUGUAACGGGAUUGGAAACAUUCCUAACGCUGGCAAUCGAUGCUGAAAAUGAGUUGCGACCGCCAAAUUCCCAACGAGACUGCCAUCACGGAGUUUCAUCGAGCCAAUGUGCCCAUACGAAAGACGAAAUCAAAUACCGUUGCCCAACAUCGGAAGAUAUUAAGUAUCGCAUGACUCGUGUGGCACUUGAUGUUAUUGACUUGUAUUUGAUUGAUAGCGGAACGGCAUUACACACAUGGAUAUCUCCGGUGCGAGUGUCCACGUGCAAUUUACAUGGACAGAAAGUGAAAUCGGGUGUCACUGCGCUCAUUUCCACGGUCCUGAUUCGUCACUUUGUGUCAACAAACGGCCAUUUUAGUCAAGCAAACAACGGCAGUAGUUCAUAUAGCAAUACAAAUACAACGGGAAGUGGCCGAUCAUCAAAAGUACAACAACCACACAGUCAAAACAAUUCGGAUGAGAAACGCGAAGAUUUGAAUAUUUUGGUGAAAAAAGAUGCAGGAAGUUCAGUGAAAUAUAAAAAGGAAUCGGAUUAUGGAUUCAUCGGUAGUGGACACCGAAGAGGCUCGCGAGAUAAGGACGAUGUUCAUUCGCAUCGGCGUUCACGCGAUAACGACUUUCACCAUCGACGAGAGAGAGAUGAGUUCUCAUCAAUGCAUUCAUCGGGCCGAGAUAAGAUUCGAGAUUCAGAAACAGACCCGUGGCUUGAAGUGGGAUGUGUCUCUUUUGGACCAGUCGUUUUGGAAUCAGCAUCGGCUUUGCCUAUCCCAGAGCAUUGUCUGCAUCUUGUGCAACACAAUUUCCUAAAAGUGCAUGACAAAAAACAUAAACGGCUAUGGUUCCUAUGGAAUUCGGGCUUUGAUGCAAUGCGUUGCGGUUGCAUUGGUGGUACCGCUUUCUUUGGCAACAACAUCAAUGGACCGAAAUUCUUCAAACCAUCGGCUCAAGACAUUCAAGAUGGCAUCAAUAUAGCACGAUACCAUAUCAACACAAAUUCGAAAGAGUAUGGCUUUGGACAAAGUAUACUGUAUGAAAAUCAAUUGGUGUUCCAUACACCACCGUACAGUUUACAACCAGUAUCACUGCAAGAGUGCUACGAAUAUAUCGGGAAAACGAACAUUUGUGUAUCGAAGUAUGAUCCUGAACCGAAAUCACCACACAAUGUCGACACCUUGUGUACCAGCAGUAUUUCUCCCAUCGAAAAGAGCGACCGACAAUCAAAUGCAGCAAGAAAUGUCGAGGGUGGCUCACCAAAUGUAUUUGACAGAAAGCAGCUACGCAAGCAUUCAACAUCCACUCAACGGCAAAACAGUAGCUCAAGCACGCAUGAGGUGCCAUACGCUCGACUGAUCGAUAGUCCAAACAGAAAACCGGGACAAGCUGCAAAUAGUUCGACACCAGUUCCUAAUGAGUCCGAUGUAAAAUUCAAAACGAAUCGAUCCAUUCGUGUGCCAACACCAAAGUCUAGUGCAUCCGAAUCUAAGCUCACUGUAGACUACUUCCAGAAGAGUGACAUAUCGAUUCCAAGUGAAAUAAUGUCACAUUCGGCACCACAAACACAUCCGCUCCAAUUUGAUUCCGACCAAUCGAUUGACAGUAAAAUCAAAUCAGAUGAAUCGUUGGCACGUGAAGUUCAACGAACGAUAUCGCUGACCUCGGAAAAUCCGUCGGAAGCAUUCUUUUCGGCAGAUGAGGAUAUGCACUCGUCCAGUCUGCGAACAAGCAUAACCGAUCGCGUAAUUCAGAAGAAACGAUUUGCAUCCGAUUUAAGUAUUGGAGUGCCACCAGACGUGAAUGGAUGUUUGUCAACGCAUCGUAGCGAUUAUGAAAUUCAUACGCCCGACAACAGAGACUAUCGAGUAAAUGCAAAACGACCGCAAAGCACAGCCGAACUCAGCAACGACGAACGUCGUUGUCUUCAUGGUCUUGCCACGCCGCUACGGAGAUUGUGUAGCGUUUCACCAAGACCAGAACAAUUCAGGCACUUUAAACCAGUCUAUGAUGCUGAAUCACAAGAGUCAUCAUCGGAUACGCCGUCACUGUCAUCGAAUUCGUUCAUAUCGGCAAUGUCAUCGCAAGAGGAUAUUACCUUGGUCAAUCUGCAUAUGCAAGUGAAUAAACCUAUAAUCGAUUCACCGUUGCUGAUGGCGAGCUAUGUGUCACACCUUGCUCAAGUUCGAUGCACAAAUUGGUCCAGUUGCUGUUUGCCAUUGGGUGCCGACGCCUUUUCAACACCUCUGUUUCAGCAGAAUGACGACGGUGGUUUAACAUACAUUGGUUGUAAGCUGGUGCCGAAUUUCAACACAUACUCAAAUUGGCGGGAAAUACGGAUAGUUUCACAUUCCGAUGCAGGCAGCACAUCAUCGAUGCACGGAACUCAAUCAAUUCCGCGAUCACAUCCGUGGGAUCCAAGUGUAACCAUUCGAUCUGCUGACACUGGCAGCCACGUUGACAACGACGAGAAAGAGUUUAUGACCUCGCAAAAUGACACCGCAACGCGGAAUUCAGUAGUUGUCAAGUUCAAGGGAAAUCUCGAAGUAACUCUAACACCACUUCUAUUGGAGGGACUACAAAAAAUGAUCGAAUCAGCGAUACCUGUUUUCUCCACCAUGCACCCAUUGAACGCAAUCAAUUCAAUGCAUGCGUCUUGUAUUCGAAAUGUUGAAGCGGCAAACAUAUUGAAAAAGGAUCAAUCGCUGAGCUAUUGGUCUCGAGUGCAUUCUAAUUCGAAACGUUCGACAGCAGAGCGAAAUCUUCAAGGGCCCGGCGGUGGCUCUGGACCGGUCAUAACAGAUGUGUACGAAGAAAGUAUUUCGACGCAAAUCCAAGGAUUGGUGGUAUUGCAAAGAGUCAAUAUUUCACUCAUUCAGACAUCGGUGGUGGAAGAAGUAAUAUCAUUCUCUGCAUUGGACAACGUUCAAGAACUAAGUUGUGCAUCCCUUUUGGCCGUUAGUUUUGAUCAAAUAUCGGCGCGUUUGCAUUUGGGUAAAACCACGAAAGCAGCUAUUCACACCGUUUACACACCAACGGUUCGAUCGAGUGGAUUGAAAAAGGGACGUAUUAUGAAGGGAACGAGAGCUCUUUUAUCUCACUUGUCGUCACAUACUCGGAACGACAACAUUCCUGGCGAACCAAUAUUAAUCGAAACAUCCGAGAAACAGCAAGAGGAAUUGGUGAUAACCUGUGACAUAUCCAAGGCACACGCUCAACUGCGACGGUUAAAGAAUGAAAGCGUUGUUUUGCAAGAUGGCCAGAUUAUUGUCACAGCCAUUCCAAUACAUAAGAGUCGUGCAAUGUUCGAUUGCAUUAAACUGCCCGAAGAAUCGAAUAAGGAUAUAAAUGCAUUCGGUCUGAUCAUGUUCGAGUGUGGCCUGGAAGGCAUUAGAACCAAAAUGGUUAAACGAUCGCAAUUUGAAAAGUCUGAAAAUAACGAGGAUAAUAUCAAGACUGUUGUCGACUCGACAAACAAGCGCGACGCAUCAAAUGCUGAUAAGCAUACAGGAAAAGAAGAGCCAUCUGGUACAAAAGGAAGCGAGGCGAUGAUGCCGAAGAGCAAUUUGAAAAAUCCAACAACGCCAAAGACGCCUCGCGAUAAACUUCAACCCAAUUCUGAGAUUAAAUCGAAAGAAGGAGAAACUAAUGUAAAGGACAAGAUCAAGUUUUCAUUCAUAUCAUCCGAAUCAGUUCACAAGGCUGGAGGAAGUGAUCUAUCGCAGCAACCAUCAACAUCAGCCAAUGCAGCUAGCCAUGACAAGGAAACAAACAAGGCUGUUGUUGCAGUCUCGAAUAAUAAUGGACGUGCAUCGUCCUGCGUGAUUGACUUGAAAACCGUAUGGUUUAACUUUGCUGCACCGCCAAGCGUUCCAAUCACACGUAAAAUCGAUUAUACGCGACUGGAUUGGAAUUUGCUGAGUACUGCAUCACCUGCAAUUACAGCGUGGAUGAACCCCAGCAAUCGAUUUGCCAUCAAAGUGGUCGCCAUGAUGAAGGCGUUCCACUUGAGACGCACAGCGAUUGCUGCAUGCAUUAUGGCAGAUGGACUCGAAGUGCAAGGCAUACAGAAACAUCCGAAGACACGAUAUUCGGCGAAAUUCACACCGUUGGCAAAGACACUCCAAGAGGAUCCAAGUUGUCAAUUGUGCACGGUGAUGCAGAAGUUUGUUAUUCAAGAAACUUCUCAUAAAAUAAAUCACAUACUGAAACAUCCAGAUCUACCACAGUUGACUACACUGCGUCAGGGUGUUAUCGUACUGAGUCGUCAAUGGAAAAAUAUGCUGUACAAUCCAAUGUUGUUCGAACAUCAAUACAAAAACAAAUUAACGCGGCCGUUGAAUGUCACCUUUGCCGUUCCGCAAUCCGAAGAGGAGGGUGAAGAUGAAAAUGACAUGGAUGGAAAUGAACCAGCCGAACAUAAUACGCUUAUCAAUGAUGAAGAGAGUGAACAUACAAUGCUCUUGGGCCGUGGUGCAAAUCAACAAUACAAGGUGUUGAAAGCACCUGAUGUCACGACUCAGGUAAAACUUUCAGAUUCGGCCAACACAUCGCCAUCGUUUAAUUCGAUGAAAAUGCGGAAACGACCGAGCAAGAAUUCACUGCCACAUGUUGUCCAUUCGUCGAGGUCCAGUUUGCAUAUGUUCCCAAUCAUAUCCGGAUUGGUUGAAAAGCAAAAUCUUGAGAUUGAGUAUGGAACACUUCGAGAUGGAUCACUGCAAUCGUGUUAUAGUUCGAAUACCUCGUUAGAUCGACCAUGGUCGCCUACACCGAAAGACGAUCUUUAUUCUUGGAUGGCAAAACAGCACAAAGAACGAAAGGAAUCAGUCAACAAGGAGAAUGCAGGAAGUAUUAUUGAGACGAAACGAACAAUGACACCGACACGACCAUCGUUUGGUGCAUCGGUGAUGCAAGAUUCGCUUCGCUUAUUAGAUGCGCAUUUGAUUUUUGAGCCGAUUUUAACAUGUUUGGGUGUGAUGCCCCAACAAAUGGUUAAUAACAUAACAAAUUCCGACAUGCCAUCGUUGGAUAGCCUUGGUACGAAUCUUUCACUCGUCGGUUCAUUCGAUGUGAUGCGUAUCGAUAUUGUAGUGAGCGAACCGAAUGAGAAGAAGUUGAAAAAUCGUCCAGGUCCGCGCAAAACAAAUGGAAAAUUCCCACAUCCAAACCUAGAGGAAAUGCCCGCAUUCCUGUGUGAACGAGUCGGCGUUGAGCUGGAAGUUUUGAAAGUGACUGAUGGUCUAACCGAUGACAAUAAACCAAAUGCACUCUAUGUGUCACGCGGACAGCUGAAGAAGCUAACAAGCACCAUGAUCAAUUUCAGUUUCAACGUUCGGUACAUUUCACAACAGGUCAAUAUGCCACUGUUGCGACUACUGCAUCAAAUCACGAAUAUGUAUCAAAAUGUAAAAGAUGCCCAAGAUGAACUAUGCGAUCAGCCGACAACCUAUCGGAACACAUUACCAUUGAAAGACGAAUCCAGUUUGGCAUCGGAAAUGAAUGAUCCAACAAUAAUGGAAUCCAUACAAGAACCACUGGAUAGCACAUUGCAAGAUGAACAUUAUGAUAAAUUUAACGAAGGCUAUCAACUGGGCCAUUCGAGUAGCAAAGGUCGAAUACCAACUGUGGCACUGACACCAUCACCUGGAGUACGCAGACCACAAAGUUUUGCGCAAAAACUAAAAUCAACAAGCAAAACCGUCAAAGGAAAACUCGGAUACACAAACCUAAAUGAAAGCAUCUUAACACCAAUUAAAAAGAGCCCAACAAUGUCCAUUGAUAAUCCGUUCCGAACAUCAAAAAAUUUUGGUGACCAUCAAAAAUUCGCAAACGGUCUUCCAUUUGGUAUUGCACCCGAUGCGCACACGCACCGAUCAUCAUCGUCGAACAUUUUACCUGGCACAAGUGGCUUAAUGGAUACGCCGAUUUGUUGGAAAACAAUGUUCCAUUUGCUUGAACUAUACGCAACUAUGCCUGAAACAAAAACCGUCAAACAAAGAGUGUCUAUAUCACCCGAUCCCACCGAGAAAACGGCUAAAAAGUUGAACAUUUCAAAUGAAUCCAAAACGAUUGACAUCGAAGAAGAAAUACCAACGACACCAUUGCCACCACACCGAGAGACUACGCAGCCUGAAAGGACUCGCUUGAUCGUGUUCGGUGUGGCUAAAAUCCAGAAAACACGUCUACUGGCUACAUUAAGCGGAUUAAAGUUGGAAGCAGAGAUAAGUGCUUUGCACAGCAGUGCAACGUGGCGAAAGAAAACGAGACCAAUUGCUCUAGAGUGUUCACACACUGGUCAAUUGGGACGAGCAAUGAUCGUUUUACUGGAAGGAGUUGCUCCAAACCAACAAACCGUCGUAAAAGUCACCGUAGGCAAGAGCCAAACAUUAUACUCGAGCGUUUCGAGACGAGGCAAAGAUAAGAACAACGGGUUGUUGUCAAUCGGAGCUGUUAAUAUUGACAUUCCACAGCACCCAGUCGCUUUGCACGGUGUAAUGACACGAAGUUCGAAGCAAUUGUCUACAACAUUGCAGGAACUGCGAGUUACGCGCAAUUCAGCCAGAUUAUCGCGUCAAAAUGAAGAAGCGGAAUCACCGACACAUUCCAAGGACAAUUCCAAAGAGAAUGGACGAAAUAUCGAAAAAACCACACCGUUCCCGACCAAAGUGAAAUCGGCCAGUGGAUUGAUCCAGCCACUAGUGAUGCAAUUCAACAUUCUUUUGCAAAGCCUAUCAAUAUCGGCUGCGCUGCUUCCAUCACUCCAAGCGCAGUAUAAAAUGGAUCGCGUUACGUCCAACGGAAUCAGCGGCUACAAGGCCAAAUUCACAAUUGAUUUGCCGAAUCACACUCUGAGCUUUACAACAAAACACUCUACAACGUCGUCUGCGGAGACCAUUCUUCCACCGGAGGCAUCGAUUUCAUUGCCUCCGAUUCAUGUGAGUGCACAAUAUGUGACCGAAAAUGCUUCUCAAGACAUUCCUGUCGAUGGUGUGGUCCUUCGACAAGGCGGCUACGUAUCGGCUUCGGCAGAGAUUGGAAAAUUCGAACGAUGUUUGACCACUGACCUACUCAACCAUUUAGUAUUUGCGCAAAAGGUGUUUAUGCGCGAAGUGAACGAAGUUGUUCAAAAGGUAUUAACCGGCGAAAAACCAGUACCACUUUGGCUAGACGAUGGCGAACUCAGUACAUCGCCAGUCAAACAGAUUCUUUUUUCGCUCAACAUUCGCAUGGAACGUAUCCAAUUGACUGCAACAACUCCAUGCUCAUCGGCCGUGCGGUUCGAAACGAAUGCUUUGGAAUUCCAUUUAUCCAACCGAGUGAAAAAUAUCGCUGAACGAGCCAAUACAAAGCUAUUUGUGAAGGCGCAAAUUGAUUUCAAUUUAUCACUCGGACAAAUCAUUCGCAAUGUUAUGUUCGACGAAGCCGAUCCCGAAUUCCAACAGUAUGCCUUCUUCAAUACGACCAUCGAUUUGAGAAAUGCAUUCCAAGAUGAAAUGCUGAACGAUGACCAAGAAUUGGUGCUAAUUACUUUGAAACGUCCACUGAUCUAUAUUCAGCCAGUUGCUGUUGAUAAAGCAAUUUUAGUGUGGCUUAACUACAAAAAUGCCUAUGAAUAUUGGGCGGAGAGACGCGCCAACCUGAAUAAAGACGUGCUAACAGCCACACAACAAGUUUUAGAGAAAAUGCCAUUCCAACAUUUGAGCGCAUCGAAUUUAUCGACGCUGUUCUUGCAAUUGACAGUCGAAGACAUGGGCAUUUGUUUGCCAUUGAAUCAACCGCCAAUGACCAAUUGGACGGCCCGAUCAUUUGCUGACUUUGAACCACGAGGUGCUGUUGUGAUAACACUUGAAAAUACAAACAUAACCGCAUGUAAUUCCGGAUCACUGGUAUCAACCGGUAAAUUCUUUGGACUUUGUCUUCGAUUCACUGAUGAAUUUGAAACAACAUUGGAUGACUGGAAGCCAAACAUGAAUGAACCGAUUAUGAAUUUGUGCGUGGUAUCCGAGGGUACAUACGAAGUUUGUUCGCGUACAACAGUCGCCAAGAACUCCACAGAAAAUGCCAAGUGGCUUUUGAAUGUGAAGUGGCAAAUGGAAGGUGUCGACAUUCAUUUGGAUGUAAACAUUGGAAAGCAGCUGUCUGCAUUGGGCCAUACACUGACAACGCUUUCAAGUUUCGAAGAAGAUGAAAGUACAACGAUUUACAGUCAAGACAGUGACGACGGUGAUGGAAGCGUUAAAACGAAUAAGGAAAAGCAGAACAAGCGACAGCAAAAAACCAUGGAAAAUAUCCCAUCGUUUAUAUUCGAUCCGACACUGGAUUCGAAGAAACGGUCGCUGAUGAUGAAAAAGGAGAUGAGCGAACAGGUGAAGACAAUAAAUGAUUUACGAACAUUGGGAGCCACCGCAGCAACCAUAGCCGCUGAAGAAAGACGGUUACAGGAGCUACAAGCAUUAUGCUACAAAUACUUCCGCCGAGAUAUGAUUCAAAAAUGGAAACGACCGUCAAAAGUUAUGCUCAGAACUGCAAAUCGAUCGCAAUCGUUCGUUGCAGCUUCUCCAAGUGAUGAAAAUUUUUUGGUUCAAGAACUGGCCGAUAAUGACUUGAACAACAUGUUCGAUUAUGACAGUGGUGAUUUGCACAGUGAAUCAUCGAAAUCGGGUCCAACGCGCAGUUCAUCGUUGAAAAUUCGAUCAAAUCAAACUCAACGAGUGUCGUUCAACGAUACGAUGCGUCAGUCAUCAUUGCCGAGUGGUGAUUCUGUAACUUUCGAUUGGAAGGGCUCACAAUUAUCCGAUGUUAUUGAUGUCGACGGCGAACGAGUUGAAUUGCGGAAAAAGAAUCUGACGUAUCCACAGAAACAACAGGAGCCGAAUAUUGAUUUCGAACUGGACAUCAAAGUGCUGGUCAAUUCCGGCAAGUGUGUUUUGCACACAAAACCGGUGAACGAUGAAAAAAUUAAUGUUAAUACCUCUGCAACGGUGAAGCAUCACAAACGUGAACGUAGCAUAGGAACGGAUUGGGGCAGUCCAGUUGCUGGACGACGCAACAAAGAUAAGACACGUUUGCGGUACACAACUCCUCAGAAUACUGUGUUCGUUGACUUGACCAUUUUCCAUAUUCCCGGUUUGGACGUAAAAGUACACUACGAAUCGAAAACAGUAUCUGAUGAAGCGAUGCCACGUUUGAGCGUCACCGAUACAAGUACAUUCCGUAGAAGUGGCUUCAAGCGAGCAUCACUUUUUGCUUGGAUGACACUGCAAAGUGUGCCGGAAGAGACUAUCAUUUCUCCACAUAUUUUGGAAUUUUUGGAACAAACACUCGAACCAAUUCCAUUGAAAACCGAAGAACUGUUUCCGUCCAACAAUCCGGUUAAUAUGGAUCUCUUGCAAGAGAACUAUAACUAUGUGGCCUAUGCAUCAUUCCCCGUCGAUGUGAUCGUUUACUUCCAUAUGCAGCCGUCAACGUUCCGAUUCAGCUGCUUACCUGUUUCCCGUGUAGAGUGCCUACUACAAUUGCCCAGCUUGGACAUUGUGUUCAGUUCGAAGCGUCAAGAUGACGAUCAAGUGAUGAAUGAUGCUGAUAAGACACCAACGGGUGGACUGAGUAUCACCGGUUGCCUUGCCGAUUUCAAUGUGUACAUUUUCCAUCCAUAUGGAGGUGGAAAGAAGUCUGGACAAAGGGAGCCAUCGCAAUUCUCCCCACUGGCCGAUAGUGAACGCAAAGAUUCGUUGAGCAUCAAUGUGGAAUUCGUUAAAUUCCAUUUGACCAGAGCAAGAAAGAUUAAUUUCGAAACAAACUUCAAAAAGUCGAGUGAACAGCGCGCCAUUGUUCGAUUUUCAACAAUCGUUGACAUUGGAAGCGCUUCGUUUAAAUACGAUAUGCGUCGUCUUACGGAGAUUUUAGCCUUUCCAAAUGCCUGGUACAGACGACGUAUCGUACGACGUCUAUUCUUAGGCGAUAUUAGCACGAAAAUGAAAACAAAUCCAACGAAUGAACCCGAAGCACCUACUAGUCCGAAUCCAAGUGAGCUAAAUAAGGACCACGCCAGCAUCGAGAAACCCGUACGAAAACCAGGCGAUCUGCGUUUGGACAUCAAAACCGACAACAUUUCACAAACUUCAAAACUUCAUUCGGAAAAGUCAAGCUUCGACUCGAGCACUUCACUCUCCGAAAGCAAUCAAAUCGCAUCGUGGGAAACACUAGUGUUAUUUGCUUUCAAUUUCACAAAGUUGAAUGUGCAAAUGAAUAUGGGCAAUGUUAUGGGCAAUGUGAUUUGGCUGACUAAAGCAUUCCGAAGUGACGGACGCUUGAGCAUCGGCAGUACCGGUCGCAAAAAUAUGUAUAUCGGUUUCGGACUUGGUGGUUCAACGCUCGAUGCCAAAGGCGGUAUUGUUGGUGGAACAAUCGAUUUGAACAAAAUCAAUACAUAUACUCAUAUUUGGGAAGAACAAGGUGUCGAACCACACCAUAAACUCGGACUGACGCUGGCCGCGCUAGAACUUCGUUUGGACUAUAUGGGAACCAGUGUUUUAAUGACUCGAAUAAGUUCUCUCAAUGUUGCCAUGAGAGAUGAAUGGAAAUGCUCAACAGAAAUUGGCAAAAUGCUUCCGAAUGAACGGCCCACAAUAAUUCUAAUACACGGUGACUUGAGCUGGGACCAGUUUCAAAUGAUGAUAUCGAAAUCAACAACAGCUGACCUAUUGAAAAUGUUCUACAAGCUUGAAGAGUUCUUUAGUCAGCAGUUCAAGUCAUCGAAACGCGUAUUUACAAAUCUGGAACCACGGCUAUCUAGUCGAUCAUCAAGUAGCAUAUCACGUCGACAGCGAAAAACAACACUAAACUCGGAGAAUUCAUUCGAGUCGCGAGAAUGGGGUGAUGCUCAUCAUCAUAGACACUGGCAGAAGCCAUUAAAAAAAGCAAUGGGACUAAUGCUGACAACAUUAAGCGUUCCACUUCCAAAAACUGGUAUCGUUUUGGGCGGUACAAUUGAGCUGCAUGGAACCAACAUUUCACUGGCCUGUUUCCAUGGAAUUAAUUUCAAGGCUAAAUCAUGGGCAUUGUUCAGUUUACGUGAUCCUUGUAUUAAUUUCGCCACCGAAGCAAAACAAAUUGAUAACACAAACGAUGUCAUGGUUAUUCAAACGUUAACUUUCGGAUUGGGCAUUGCGAACAAUACGAAUCAGACCCACUCGUUGGCAACAGUUUGUCGUAUGACGCGCAAUAUAAUAUUCCCGCCACAAUUCAAAACGUUGCAAGAAUGGUUUAGCUACGCAUUUGCCAGCAGUGAAAUCGAUGCGGUUGAACGGUUCCCGGUGUCCGAACGCGAAAAAGAGCAAAAUACAAACUCAAUCGAGCGAAGUCGAGGUCAGUCGAAUAAAACUCAAGACCACAAUCACAACCGUGAAGUAAUAUUUGCUUUACCAAGCCUGCGAUUACACUUCAAAUCAGAGCACUUGCAAGGACCCUGUACGCCCGACUCCAAUUCAGACAAACCAUCAGUACAAUGCAGUUUCAUCACGGAGUUUGAGGAUCACAUUUUCGUGACAGUCGACGCGGACGCAUUCUUCUUCUUACACGAUUUGAUCACAUCAUAUGUCAAGGAGAAGGAAAAAAUGUUGAUCUCACAAAAUGCACGUGCAUCAUCACCAAAUCCGUCGCAGUCAAGCAAUUCACCCACGUCGCCUAACGAUGUGAAAAAAUCUGAUCAAGCUCCUACAACCAGUUCAUCGCCAUCACCAAGCACCUCAACUGGAGAAAGCACGCCCAAUCAGUCGAAGAAAGGAUCAACGGAUAAACUACAAGCCAUGCUGAACAGCAAAACGAUCAGUGCUAAGUUGAAUAAAUCGGAAAUCGAAGCCUAUCUGAGAGAUUGGCGAAACUUUGAGUGUCAAACAUGGCAUUUGGAACCGACAGUACGUUUACUGUCUUGGGCUGGUAAAUCGAUCGAACCGUACGGUAUCGAUUACAUUCUCAAUAAAUUGGGAUUCAGCCAUGCACGAACAACAAUACCAAAGUGGCUUCAACGCGGAUUCAUGGAUCCGCUCGAUAGCCUGGCAGCAUUACUCAUCAUUCAAUUGCUCAGUUUAGUUAAAGACGACAGCACAUCAAGUAGUGAUGACGCCAAAAAAGAUAAUAAAUAAUU